AAUAAACCCCUCGUUGCCCAAGUGUCAUUGGUGGAUAAACUCAUCCAAGCAAUCGAAUCGGCGCGUAGAAUGUAGAUGAGGGAUAGAGGCUGGAGCCUUGUCGGAUUCCCUGGAGAAAACAAAAAAAGUUAACAGGAAUGGCAGAUGGCUUCCUAAUGGAGGUAUGCGUGGACUCGGUGGAAUCUGCAAUAAAUGCGGAGAGGGGAGGUGCAAGCCGGAUUGAGCUUUGUUCCAGUCUAUUGGAGGGUGGUAUCACACCCAGUAUUGGUCUCCUGCAAGUGGUGAAACAAUAUGUUCAGAUCCCAGUUUUCACCAUGAUCCGGCCAAGAGGUGGAGACUUCUUAUACUCUGACCGUGAGUUAGAAGUAAUGAAAACUGACAUCCACUUGUGCAAGAGUAAUGGUGCUGAUGGACUUGUUUUUGGUGCCCUGACCGAGGAUGGACGGAUUGAUGCAGAACUCAGCAUGGAGCUUUUGGCUAUUUCUCGUCCUCUGCCUGUUACCUUUCACAGGGCAUUUGAUAUGGUGCAUGACCCAGUGGUUGCCAUAGAGACACUCAUCUCACUUGGCUUUGAAAGAGUACUGACAAGUGGCUGUGAUGCGACUGCUUUAGAGGGUCUUCCUCUAAUAAAGCGAUUAGUAGAGCAGGCUAAAGGAAGAAUAAUUGUAAUGCCUGGAGGAGGAAUUACAGAAAGGAAUCUACAGCGAAUAUUGGAAGGUUCGAGUGCUCAAGAAUUUCACUGUUCUGCUCGUUGUAAUAAGGAAUCUUCCAUGAAGUUCAGAAAUUCAAAUGUGAAAAUGGGAGCCUCAUUAUCUGCCCCUGAAUAUUCCCUCAAAGUUGCCGAUGUCAGCACAAUUCGAACCUUGAAUGCCAUUGCCAAGAACAUUUUGUAAAUGCCUCCAAUUAUUUUGUUUGGCUCACUUUAAAAUAAAUAAUGCUGCCAGGAUAAAAGUGAAUAAGCUAUGAAAAUGAAAAGAUUUAAUUGCAGUAUUUGUUCUGAUAU